AGGAGCUCGGAGAGGAGUCGCGUUUUCGUUCGGCGCAUCAAAUUCGGCUCUUUAUUCAUCCCAGAAACGUUAUAUUCCUAUAACAGUGUUUUUUUUUUAGCAAUGUUAUAGUUUCAGUGGGACUUAUAAUGUGCAGAAACGGCGUCAUUUUAACAACGGGUUUGUUUUUAUUAACCUACUACUGCAACGUGAGUAAUAAUAAUAAUAAUAAUAAUAAUAGCUCAGGGAUGCUGAGUGGUAAGAAGAGACCUCAGAUUUUACAUGAGAUUAUCUUUACUAAUACAACAUAUUAUUAGAUUUGAGGCUUUUAUUAUUCUACACAAGUCGCGCUUGUCCAGGUUCUCAUUUAGAAGGUUUUCCUGGAAACCAGUACAGCCAAAUUGAUAUUUAUCGAAUGGGCUGUUAGUACUUCAUCUCUCGUCAACGCAUAACCGCAAAACGCUACAAUCGAAUUGUAAUAUAAUUCGUUCCUAAAUGAAAAAUAAGCCAUUCCUUCUUAAACCAUCAUGGGAGAAAACGUUCGGAAAGAAGCCCAGAACGUACUGCAGGAGCGACACCAGGAUCAUCGCCAACCCUGGCGUGGUCAUCAAAGUGCUUCGUCAGAAGAAGAUUCUUGUGUUUCUUGCCUAUUUUUUACUUGUGACACUGGCCAUGCUGAACCUGGCUAACUUCAAAUGGGCCAAAGAGUCGCAGCCAUGUAGUCUCCAGAUGACUGAAAACGUGAAGUUCCAGAACAGACCGUACUUUCAUUUAAUCAACCACAAGGCACCACAAGUGAGGAACAGAACUCUGGUGUAUGUCUUAACCACAUGGCGCUCUGGCUCAUCCUUUUUUGGCGAACUUUUCAACCAAAACCCGGGAGUGUUCUUUUUGUACGAACCGAUGUGGCACAUUUGGCAGAAACUCUACCCUGGAGACGCGUUAUCACUCCAAGGAGCAGAGAGGGACAUGCUUAGUGCUCUGUACAGGUGUGAUUUCUCCGUUUUCCAGUUGUACAACACUCAAGUCGGGAAGAAUGUAGCCACUCGAGACGUCUUUGGUGCCCCAUUUAACAAAGUCAUCUGCUCGUAUCCGCUUUGCCCAUUCUAUAGAAAGGAUGUGGUGGGAAUGGUGGACGAAAAUGUGUGUAAGAAUUGUCCACCUCAGAGCCUGGAAGCGUUGGAGGAGCAAUGUCAAAAAUAUGACACCAUUGUGAUUAAAGGAGUACGAAUUCUGGACAUAAAUGUCUUGGCUCCUUUGUUGGCCGACAGCUCACUCAAUCUGAAAGUGGUCCACUUGGUUCGGGACCCAAGAGCCUUGGCCAAUUCCAGAAUUCGAUCCAAGCAUGGCCUGAUUCGCGAGAACCUUCAAGUGAUUCGGAGCAGGAACCCGAACUUACGACAUUUGCCGAUGGUUGACGCAAACUAUAAAGCCAGCAAGAGAGAUGGUUCCGACUACCACUCCAUCGCAGCCAUGGAGGUGAUUUGCGAGCACAUGUCCAACACUUUGAAAACGGUCCUCAGCGGUCCUAGCUGGCUCAAAGGGAAGUACAUAAUGGUGCGAUACGAGGACUUGGUGGAAAACCCGCUCGGGACUUUAAAGCAUGUUUACCAGUUUGUAAACCUGACAGUUAGUCGUGACAUGGAAGCUUUCAUCAUGAACAUGACUACCGGCCACAAUAAUCCUGUCGAACCUUUCGAAGUUUCUUCUAGGAACGGGACCAUGGCAGCUAACGCGUGGAGAACUGUGCUCGGCAUUAACCAGAUACGACAGGUGGAAGCCUACUGCAGUCAUGCCAUGUCUGUUCUGGGAUACGUACACGUUCGCAUGUUGUGGGAGGCGAGGAACCUGAGCAAGAGUUUAUUAACCUUACCCAGGAUCUGAAACGCUGUGCUGACCAAAGAAAACCUCAUGGUUUACACUAACUUGAGAUUGGAAGACAGAAAUGCAUCAUGACUAUGUUGGUGUGAAUGUUGGGUCCUAUGAUUGCUGCCUUUUGAAUAAAAUAAAUAAGUGAUUUUGAUAAGUGAGUCCUAUUUCAGUUUUAAACUGUGCCUAGAUAUGAACUGGGAAAACUGAGAUUGUUUUGUUACGAGCAUGGCUUUCUUCUUUACAUUUCUUUCUAUUGAAACAGAAAGCUUCCUGAUUAAUUUCACUCUAAUGUUGUGUGAUGCCUCAAGGUUUUUUGAUGUUUAAUGUUCUCAUAGAUGCUUUGGGGUUUGGGAUUCAUUUCUUACGUUUGAAUCACAGCAAAUAAUCUGAAUUUCUUUCUGGUUAUGGUUCGGAAAUUACGAGAAGCUGAAUGAAGUGCCUUGUUUGGAAAAAUAAAAAAGAUCGGUGGUAAUGAAAA